AAGGUUGGUUGUCAAUUAGUAAAAGAAAAAAAAAAGCUCCCUUCCCCUCGGGAGUCCUCAUCAAGAGCAGCUGAGCGCUCUUUGCCGCCGGCCCCACGCAGUCGUGGCCACGACGGUUUCCAUGGCUACGACUCUGUUUCCAAACGGUAGGCGACCGCCGCUGACCAUGUCCUCGGCCCUGAGCUGGUGGCAUUCUGGAGGUUUCUUCCCUCGUCACCCCUCUUCUUUUGAGCUACAGAAGUUUUGAGCAGCUUCGCUUUUGUGUGCGUGUCCUGAAAGCAGCCAGCAGCCGCGCACCUGUGCGCUGGUCUCCUGGCUCCGCCCCGCCGCAGAGUAUUUUAGUCAUCAAGAGACCAAGAUGUCCAAUCCAGACAGAGCUGCCAUCGAAGAAGAAAAGAAGGCUCUGAAGUUGAAGCUACCGCCCAUCGUCCACCCCCCCAAAGACCUAGGUGUCCUCACCCCAAGUCAGUGCGAGCUGAUGAGCUACCGAAGAGCCAGGGAGCAGCAAAGGACCAUUAAUCAGCUAGUAAUUGACAGAGCCAAAGGCAACUUGGAUACAACCCUUGCUAAGAGGACCCCUGUGCUUCCGGAGAUCGACUAUCCUCCAACCAUGACCAGUGAACUGAAGAAGAGAGGGUUCAAUUAUAUUUACAUGAAGCAAUGUGUGGAAAGUAGACCUAUAGUACCUAUUCAGCAGGAGUGGCUGGAUCACGUGUUAAUGCUGAUACCCGAGUCCUUAAAGGAAGGGAAAGAGAAAGAAGAACUUCUGGAGCAUCUCAUAAAUGAGGUGUCACAUGACUUUGAAAAAAGCAUGAAGAGACAUUUGGUGCAGAGUGUUCUCGUGAAACCAUCAGUUUCCUGGCUUGAAGAUGAAGGAGGCCCUUUGCCCGAGUCCCCUGUAGGCCUCGAUUACUCCAACCCUUGGCAUUCCAACUAUGUGCAGGCAAGAAGUAAAAUAUUAGCUAAUUUACACAUUGUUCAUCCAACUAUGAAAAUGUUACUGGACCUUGGUUACUCAACAUUCGCUGAUACAGUGUUGCUGGACUUAACAGGAAUUAGAGCUAAAGGCCCAAUUGAUUGUGAGUCACUGAAAAAUGACCUGUCAAUACAAGCCAGAAAGAUGGAAGAGAAGUUGUUGAACACGUGGUAUCCAAAGGUUAUAAAUCUUUUUGCCAAGAAGGAGGCACUGGAUGGGAUUAAACCUGAAAAACUGGAUGCAUUUUAUAACUGUGUUUCCACACUUAUGUCAAAUCAGCUAAAGGAUCUCUUAAGAAGAACUGUGGAAGGAUUUGUCAAACUCUUUGACCCAAAAGAUCAACAAAGGUUGCCAAUAUUUAAGAUGGAAUUGAUGCUUGAUGAUGACAAAAUGGAGUUCUAUCCUACUUUUCAAGACCUGGAAGAUGCCGUUCUGGGUGUGGUGGAACGCAUAGCUGAUGCCAUGCAGAAUGUCCAGACGGUACACUCGUGGCUAUCAGGAACUUCCACCCCUGUGAAUCUUGACACAGAGCUUCCCGAGCACGUGUUGCACUGGGCUCUUGGCACGCUGAAGGUGGCUGUGAAUCGGAACCUAGAAGGUGUAAGAAAACAUUAUGAGACUUACAUUGAAAAAUAUAAUUGGCUCCUUGAUGGGACUGCAAUCAAAAAGAUCGAGGCUUUUCAGGCACAAGAGCACACUUUUGAUGAAUACACAGCGUUUAUAGAUAAGUUUUUCAGUCUUGCCUCAGAAAUAAUGCUUUUGCCUCAGUGGGUUCAUUUCCCCAUGGUGCGUUUGGACUGCGAGGACUUGAAGACAGGCCUGAAAAAUAAAGCAAGGGACUUCGCGAACUUAUUACUAAAUGACAUAGCUUCGAAACACAGGAGAGAGAAUGAGUGUAUUUGCAGUGAGUUUGAAGCCAUUAAAGAGCGUGCACUGAAAGUCCCAGAGACGUCAGAGGAGAUGAUGGAUCUGAUCUCCUACAUUGAGAAAGCCCGCACUGCAGGAAUUGAAGACCUGGCUUUGAGGAUCCAGGAAUCCAAACGCCAGAUGAGUUACUUCUUAGAUGUCUUUUUGUUUCCUAAAGAACACUUAGCUUUAAAUGCCAAUGUCCUCAUGUGGCCCAGCAAAAUCCGUCCCGUCUUUGAUGAGAAUGAUGAGCUCAUCGAGAAUGCUAAGCUUAAAAAAGAAAAUGAACUAACUGCCAGGAGAGAGAAACUGAUUCUGGAAAUAGAAAAGAUAGCACGCCGCAUGGAGGAGUUCUCUGAGUUUGCAGAGCUGGACCGCAUGCACCAGUAUGUGACAGAUGUAAGACAAUUACAAAAACGCAUCCAAGACUCAGAAGAAGCAGUUCAGUUUAUUAAUAAAGAAGAGGAACUUUUCAGAUGGGAAUUGACAAAAUAUCCUGAACUGGAUAAAUUAAAAGUUAACAUUGAACCCUACCAGAAGUUUUUCAAUUUCGUUUUAAAAUGGCAGCGAACAGAAAAACGGUGGAUGGAUGGAGGAUUUUUGGACCUCAAUCGGGAGACCAUGGAAGCUGAAGUAGAUGAGUUUUCCCGAGAAAUUUUUAAGACACUGAAGUUUUUCCAAAUGAAACAAAAGAAAGAAUUGCAAGAAAAGAGGAGAGCAGAGAGAAGACUAUCUCUGAUAGAAGAAAAAAUUGAGGAAGCACCAAAAGAGAAUCCUACAAUUACCAUGUGCACUGCAGUAAUGGAACAGAUAAAGACAUUCAAGGAGUAUGUCCCUACUGUCUCCAUUCUGUGCAAUCCAGGCAUGAGGGCCCGUCACUGGAAACAGAUGUCAGACAUUGUCGGCUACGACUUGACUCCAGACUCGGGAACGACGCUGAGAAAAGUCUUGAAAUUAAACCUCGCACCAUACUUGGAACAAUUUGAAGUGAUAAGUGCCGGAGCAAGCAAGGAAUUUUCAUUAGAGAAGGCCAUGCGUACGAUGAUAGGCACCUGGGACGAUAUCGCUUUUCAUAUAAGCCCCUAUCGGGACACUGGCGUCUGUAUUCUUUCUUCAGUGGACGAGAUUCAGGCUAUCCUGGAUGACCAGAUCAUAAAAACUCAGACCAUUAGAGGUUCACCUUUCAUCAAGCCAUUCGAAAAAGAGAUCAAGGCCUGGGAGGACCGUUUGAUUCGCAUCCAAGAAACAAUUGAUGAGUGGCUAAAGGUGCAAGCCCAGUGGUUAUACCUGGAGCCCAUCUUCUGCUCAGAGGACAUCAUGCAGCAGAUGCCAGAAGAAGGACGUCAGUUUCAGACGGUGGACAGACACUGGAGGGACAUUAUGAAGUUUUGUGCUAAAGACCCAAAGGUUCUUGCUGCUACUUCUUUAACAGGUUUGCUGGAAAAACUGCAAAACUGCAAUGAACUUCUGGAGAAAAUCAUGAAAGGGCUUAAUGCAUAUCUUGAAAAGAAGCGGCUGUUCUUCCCCCGCUUCUUCUUCUUAUCUAAUGACGAAAUGUUAGAGAUUUUGUCAGAGACCAAAGAUCCACUUAGAGUUCAGCCUCAUUUAAAAAAGUGCUUUGAGGGCAUCGCGAAGCUGGAGUUCCUUCCCAAUCUGGACAUCAAGGCCAUGUUCAGCUCGGAGGGUGAGCGCGUGGAGCUGCUCGCACUGAUUUCCACAUCUGCUGCGCGCGGUGCCGUGGAGAAGUGGCUCAUCCAAGUGGAAGACCUGAUGCUCCGGAGUAUUCACGAAGUCAUUGCCGCUGCCAGGCUGGCGUAUCCAGAGUCAGCCCGAAGUGACUGGGUUCGAGAGUGGCCGGGUCAGGUUGUACUCUGUGUUUCUCAAAUGUUCUGGACCUCCAGGACACAGGAAGUCAUAAGUGGUGGACCGAAGGGGUUAAAGAAGUACUACACAGAGCUGCAGAGCCAGCUGAACGACAUCGUGGAGCUGGUCAGGGGAAAACUGUCAAAGCAGACCCGAAUCACCCUGGGAGCUUUGGUCACUAUCGAUGUCCACGCUCGAGACGUGGUCAUGGACAUGAUUGAAAUAGGUGUCUCCCAUGAUACAGAUUUUCAGUGGCUUGCUCAGCUCCGUUACUAUUGGGAGUAUGAGAAUGUUCGAGUUCGUAUCAUUAAUUGCAAUGUAAAAUACGCUUAUGAGUACCUUGGCAACUCGCCCCGGCUCGUCAUCACUCCCCUCACUGACAGAUGCUACAGAACAUUGAUAGGUGCCUUCUACUUAAACCUGGGAGGAGCUCCAGAGGGGCCAGCAGGCACAGGAAAAACCGAAACCACUAAGGACUUGGCCAAGGCCCUGGCUGUGCAGUGUGUGGUAUUCAACUGCUCUGAUGGGCUGGAUUACCUCGCCAUGGGAAAGUUUUUUAAAGGGUUGGCGUCUUCGGGUGCCUGGGCUUGCUUCGACGAGUUUAACCGUAUUGAGCUGGAGGUGCUGUCCGUGGUGGCACAGCAGAUCCUGUGCAUCCAGAGAGCCAUUCAGCAGAAGCUAGACAUGUUCCUCUUCGAAGGGACCGAGCUCAAGCUCAAUCCCAACUGUUUCGUGGCAAUCACUAUGAAUCCUGGCUACGCAGGGCGCUCCGAGUUGCCAGACAACCUUAAGGUUCUUUUCAGAACGGUGGCUAUGAUGGUCCCCAACUAUGCCCUCAUUGCAGAAAUCUCCCUCUACUCCUAUGGGUUUUUGAACGCGAAGCCUCUCUCCGUGAAGAUAGUGAUGACUUACAGGCUCUGCUCAGAGCAGCUGUCCUCACAGUUUCACUAUGACUACGGGAUGCGAGCCGUGAAAGCGGUCCUCGUGGCUGCUGGCAACCUGAAGCUCAAAUUUCCAAAUGAAAACGAAGACAUACUUCUCCUUCGGUCAAUUAAAGACGUCAAUGAACCGAAGUUUCUAUCGCAUGACGUGCCUUUAUUUAACGGGAUAACUAGUGAUCUGUUUCCUGGCAUCAAGCUCCCUGAAGCUGAUUAUCAUGAAUUUUUGGAGUGUGCCCAUGAAGCUUGCAAAGCUCAUAAUCUUCAGCCUGUGAAAUUUUUUCUCAACAAAAUCAUUCAGACUUAUGAGAUGAUGAUCGUUAGACAUGGUUUCAUGUUAGUAGGAGAACCUUUUGCCGGGAAGACCAAAGUUCUGCACGUGCUGGCUGAUAUUCUCACCCUUAUGAACGAACAUGGCUACGGAGAGGAGGAGAAGGUCAUUUACCGGACUGUAAACCCCAAGUCCAUUACCAUGGGCCAACUCUUUGGGCAGUUUGACCCAGUGUCUCACGAGUGGACUGAUGGUAUUGUGGCUAACACUUUCAGAGAAUUCGCUUUAGCAGAAACACCUGACCGGAAGUGGGUUGUCUUUGAUGGUCCUAUUGACACCUUGUGGAUAGAGAGCUUGAACACCGUCCUGGACGACAAUAAAAAGCUUUGCCUCAUGAGUGGAGAAAUAAUUCAGAUGUCCCCUCAGAUGAGCCUCAUCUUUGAAACCAUGGACCUUUCCCAGGCCUCACCAGCCACCGUCAGCCGCUGCGGCAUGAUUUACAUGGAGCCCUCACAGCUCGGGUGGGAGCCGCUCGUGUCUUCCUGGCUGAAUUCCCUGAAGGGUCCCCUGCGGGAAGCUGAGCACCAAGCACUUCUGAGGGAACUUUUCGACUGGCUAAUACCACCUGCUCUGAAGUUUCGAAAGAAACAGUGCAAGGAGCUGAUACCCACAAGCAACAGCAAUGUGGUCGUGUCCCUCACACGCCUCUUCGAAUCCCUGCUCUGUGAUCUGGUGGAAAAUGAGCCAUCAAGCAAGCACAUCCGGGUCUGGAUCAUGGCUUGCUUUAUAUUCUCUUUGAUUUGGUCUCUUGGAGGAAGUUGUGAUACAGAUGGUCGCCUUGCUUUUGACGCUUUCGUACGCACAACCAUAAUGGGGAAAGACGAAGAAAUACCAGUGCCAGCCACCGUGGGUAAAUGGGAAUGCCCAUUUGAGGAAAAAGGCCUGAUCUAUGACUACACGUAUGAGUUUAAAAGCCGAGGCCGCUGGCUCCAUUGGAAUGAGUUAAUUAAAAGUACUAAUUUAGAAGAUAAACAUAUGAAAAUUCAAGACAUCAUAGUCCCCACAAUGGACACAAUUAGAUACACAUUUCUAAUGGAUUUGAGUGUUACCUAUGCAAAGCCAAUGCUCUUUGUGGGCCCGACGGGUACAGGAAAAUCCGUGUACGUGAAGGAUAAGCUGAUGAACCACUUGGAGAAGGACCGGUACUUUCCUUUUUACAUUAAUUUCUCUGCACGGACCAGUGCCAAUCAGGUUCAGAACAUUAUCAUGGCUCGAUUGGAUAAAAGACGCAAAGGAGUUUUUGGACCACCUAUGGGAAAGAAGUGCAUCAUUUUUAUAGAUGAUAUGAAUAUGCCUGCUUUGGAGAAAUAUGGAGCUCAACCUCCUAUUGAGUUACUACGACAGUUUUUUGACUGUGGAAAUUGGUAUGACUUGAAGGACACGAGUAAAAUCACAUUGGUUGACAUAGAGCUGAUUGCCGCCAUGGGCCCGCCAGGUGGUGGACGCAAUCCCGUCACACCCCGUUUUGUUCGACACUUCAACAUCUGCACCAUCAAUGCUUUCAGCGAUGAAACCAUGGUCCGGAUCUUUUCCACGAUCGUUGCAUUCUACCUCAGGACUCACGAUUUUACACCAGAGUACUUCAUCGUUGGGAACCAGAUAGUCAGCGGAACUAUGGAGGUAUACAAGCAAUCCAUGGAGAAUCUUCUGCCCACUCCUGCAAAAUCUCACUAUACUUUCAACUUGCGUGAUUUCUCGCGCGUCAUCCAGGGCUGCUUGCUGGUCGAGAGAGACGCGGUGGAGAGUAAGCGCACCAUGAUCCGCCUGUUCGUGCAUGAGGUCCUGCGGGUGUUCUACGACCGCCUGGUCAACGACGAUGACCGCAGUUGGCUCUUCAAGUUAGCCAAGCGUGUCAUCAAGGAGCACUUUAAGGAAUCAUUUGAUAUGGUCUUUGCCCGACUGAGGGCAGAUAAUGCUCCGAUAACCGAAGCAGAUUUAAGAAAUCUCAUGUUUGGUGAUUACAUGAACCCUGAUCUUGAAGGAGAUAAUAGAGCUUAUAUUGAAAUUCCAAGUAUUCAGCAAUUUAAUGAGGUUGUAGAUCAAUGCUUAGAUGAGUACAAUCAAACUCACAAGACAAGAAUGAAUCUUGUGAUUUUCAGGUACGUUUUGGAGCAUUUGUCAAGAAUCUGCCGGAUCCUCAAGCAGUCGGGUGGAAACGCUUUGCUCGUUGGUCUUGGAGGAAGUGGCCGGCAGUCUUUAACUCGUCUGGCCACAUCCAUGGCAAAAAUGCAGAUUUUCCAACCAGAGAUCUCAAAGAGCUACGGUUUGAAUGAGUGGCGAGAUGACAUCAAGGGUCUGCUAAAGAGUGUGGGUGUGAAGGGCCAGAAGACCGUUUUUCUGAUCACAGACACUCAGAUCAAAGAGGAGGCUUUUCUGGAGGAUAUUGACAGUGUGCUCAACACCGGAGAAGUGCCUAACAUUUUUGCUGCAGAUGAGAAGCAGGAAGUGAUGGAGGGUGUUCGCCCAGUAGCCCAGGCUGGCCAUAAGCACGAAGAACUCGGCCCCUUAGCCCUGUUUGCUUUCUUUGUGAAUCGCUGCAAAGAUAACCUGCAUGUGGUCGUGGCCUUCAGCCCCAUUGGAGAUGCCUUUCGAAAUCGCUUGAGGCAAUUCCCUUCCCUCAUCAACUGCUGCACCAUUGACUGGUUUCAGCCGUGGCCUGAAGAUGCCCUUGAGCGUGUAGCUGUGAAAUUCUUGGAGUCGCUGGAGCUUACUGAGGCUGAACGGGCAGAGGUAGUGCCGAUCUGCAAGCACUUUCACACCUCCAUCAGGAGUCUUUCAGAAAGGUUCCUGCAAGAGUUAGGACGGCAUAACUAUGUUACUGCCACUUCUUAUCUUGAACUCAUUGGCUCAUUUCAAGAGCUUUUGACUAAGAAGCGACAGGCUAUUAUGGAGGCAAAGCAACGAUAUGUGAAUGGGCUUGACCAACUAGCUUUUGCAGAGUCUCAGGUUGGCGAAAUGCAAGCAGAGCUUGUUCAGUUACAGCCCAAGCUGGAGGAAGCCAAGAUUGAAAAUGCACAUAUGAUGCAGGUCAUUGAGAUCGAGUCUGCGCAAGUAGAAGCGAAAAGGAAGUUUGUGAAAUUAGAUGAAGAGAUAGCCAGUGGGAAGGCCGAAGAGGCUCAAGCUCUGAAAAAUGAGUGUGAAAGUGACCUUGCUGAGGCCAUCCCGGCCCUGGAGGCAGCUCUGUCUGCACUGGACACGCUUAAGCCGGCUGAUAUUGCAAUUGUGAAAUCAAUGAAGAAUCCUCCAUCUGGUGUUAAACUGGUCAUGGCUGCCAUUUGUGUCAUGAAAGAUAUAAAACCAGAAAAAAUUUCAGAUCCUUCAGGAACUGGAGGCAAGAUACUAGAUUACUGGGGACCUAGCAAAAAACUUCUGGGAGAUAUAAAUUUCUUAAGAGACUUGAAAGACUAUGACAAGGACAACAUUCCCGUGACCAUCAUGCAGAAGAUUCGUGGUGAAUACUUGACGAACCCUGAAUUGGACCCCCCAAAGGUUGCCAAAGCGUCUUCGGCAGCGGAGGGGCUGUGUAAGUGGAUCAUGGCCAUGGAAGUGUACGACCGGGUCGCAAAGGUGGUGGCUCCAAAGAAAGCUCGCUUAUCAGAAGCCCAGAAGUCUUUAGCCGAGACCAUGGAACUUUUGAAUGAGAAGAGAGCAGAGCUGGCAUCCGUAGAGCAUCACUUGGAAAAUUUACAAAAGACGUUUCGCGAGAAAACAGAGGAAAAGGCUGCUUUAGAAGAUCAGGUGGAACUCUGUGCAAAGAAACUCGAAAGAGCCUCCAAACUGAUUGGGGGACUGGGUGGAGAAAAAUCAAGGUGGUCGCAAGCUGCCAAUGACCUUCAGAUCACGUAUGAAAAUUUAACUGGUGACGUCCUGGUGUCCGCGGGGGUCAUAGCCUACCUCGGGGCUUUCACCUCUGGCUUUCGGAACACGUGCACACAAGAUUGGAGCAGGUUGUGCAAGGAGAAGAAAAUCCCGUGUUCUGAGGAGUUCUCGCUGAGUAAGACCCUGGGUGAUCCAGUCAAAAUCAGAGCCUGGAACAUUGCUGGCUUACCCACAGACACCUUCUCCAUCGACAACGGUGUGAUUGUUAACAACUCCCGGCGCUGGCCUUUAAUGAUUGAUCCGCAGGGUCAAGCCAAUAAGUGGAUCAAAAACUCGGAGAAAGAGAACCAGCUUAACGUUAUUAAACUAUCCGACGCAGACUACAUGAGGACCCUGGAGAACUGUAUUCAGUUUGGAACUCCACUUCUCCUGGAAAAUGUUGGCGAAGACUUGGACCCGUCUUUGGAGCCUCUGCUUCUUAGACAGACUUUCAAACAAGGUGGCAUUGAUUGCAUCCGACUGGGUGAAGUAAUUAUUGAGUAUUCCUUUGAAUUCAAAUUUUACAUCACCACAAAACUGAGAAACCCGCAUUAUAUGCCAGAGCUGGCGACAAAAGUAUCUUUGCUCAAUUUCAUGAUAACUCCAGAAGGACUUGAAGAUCAGUUACUAGGUAUUGUGGUUGCCAAGGAAAGACCAGAAUUAGAAGAGGAACGAAAUGCUCUGAUUCUUCAGUCUGCAGCUAAUAAGAAGCAGCUCAAAGAUAUAGAGACAAAAAUUUUAGAAACUUUGUCAUCUUCUGAAGGGAACAUUUUAGAAGAUGAAAGCGCAAUUAAAGUUUUAGAUUCCGCCAGGAUCAUGUCCAAUGAGAUAACAAAGAAGCAACAGGUUGCAGAAAAAACAGAGCUCAAAAUUGCAGAGUCUCGGGAAGGCUACAGACCCAUCGCUAAGCACUCGUCCGUGCUGUUCUUCAGCAUCGCAGACCUGGCCAACAUUGACCCCAUGUACCAGUACUCGCUCACCUGGUUCGUGAACCUGUACAUCAGCUCCAUUCAUGUCAGUAACAAAUCCAAAAUUUUGGAAAAGCGCCUUCGAUAUUUAAAUGACCACUUCACGUACAACUUGUACUGUAAUAUCUGCCGGUCACUAUUUGAGAAGGACAAGCUACUGUUCUCCUUCUUACUAUGUGCCAAUCUCCUUCUGGCAAAGAAAGAGAUUGAAUACCAGGAACUGAUGUUUCUUUUAACUGGUGGAGUAAGUCUUAGGAAUGCUGAGAAAAAUCCCGACCCCACGUGGCUGCCGGAUAAAAGCUGGGAGGAAAUUUGUCGUGUAAGCGAACUUCCUGCCUUCCGAGGACUGCGAGAUCAUUUUUCUGACCAUAUAUCCGAAUGGCGAGAAAUCUAUGAUAGCAAGGAGCCACACAAUGCAAGGCUGCCCGUGCCGAUGGACGCCAGGCUGAACGAGCUGCAGAAAAUCAUAGUCCUGCGUUGCCUACGGCCGGAUAAGAUAACUCCAGCUAUAACGAAUUAUGUCACUGACAAACUGGGGAAAAAGUUUGUAGAGCCUCCGCCCUUUGAUUUGGCAAAGAGUUACUUGGAUUCAAGCUGCACGGUUCCCUUAGUUUUUGUGCUGUCUCCAGGAGCAGAUCCUAUGGCCAGCUUACUGAAGUUUGCAAAUGAUAAAUCUAUGUCUGGAAACAAGUUCCAAGCUAUUUCACUGGGACAAGGACAAGGACCAGUUGCUACAAAAAUGAUCAGAGCGGCAGUAGAAGAAGGAACGUGGGUUUGCCUGCAGAACUGUCACCUCGCCGUCUCCUGGAUGCCCACGCUGGAAAAGAUCUGCGAAGAUUUUUCAACUGAAAACUGCAACCCUUCCUUUCGACUUUGGCUCACAAGCUAUCCAUCUCCAAAAUUCCCAGUAACAAUUCUACAGAACGGUGUGAAAAUUACCAAUGAGCCUCCCACUGGUCUUCGGCUAAAUCUCCUUCAGUCGUAUCUCACAGAUCCAGUUUCUGAUGAGCAGUUUUUCAAGGGAUGCCCUGGGAAGGAACUGGCCUGGGAGAAGUUGCUGUUUGGAGUUUGUUUUUUUCAUGCUCUUGUGCAAGAGAGAAAGAAAUUUGGUCCUCUUGGUUGGAACAUUCCGUAUGGAUUUAAUGAAUCAGAUCUACGCAUCAGUAUCCAACAGCUCCAGUUAUUUCUGAAUGAAUACGACACAAUUCCAUUCGAAGCCAUCUCCUACCUGACAGGGGAGUGUAAUUAUGGAGGAAGAGUGACAGAUGACUGGGACAGGCGGCUCCUGCUAACCAUGCUGGCUGACUUCUACAAUUCGCACAUCAUUGAAAACCCUCAUUAUAAGUUUUCUCCCAGUGGAAACUAUUUCGCACCUCCCAAAGGCACUUACGAUGACUAUAUUGAAUUUAUUAAGAAACUUCCAUUCACCCAGGAUCCUGAGGUGUUUGGAUUACAUGACAACGUGGAUAUCUCCAAAGACCUGCAACAAACCAAACUCCUCUUCGAGUCUCUGCUCCUGACCCAGGGAGGCUCCAAACAGAGUGGGUCUUCAGAAAGCACCGACCAGAUUCUGCUGGAAAUCACCAGGGAUAUUCUCAACAAGCUCCCAAAUGACUUUGACAUUGAACUAGCUCUACUGAAAUAUCCCGUGAAAUAUAAAGAGAGCAUGAAUACUGUGUUGGUACAAGAAAUGGAAAGAUUUAACAAUUUAAUUAUAACUAUACAGAACACUCUAUGGGACCUUGAAAAGGCAAUUAAGGGUGUGGUUGUAAUGGAUUCUGCAUUGGAGGCUCUGUCUGGCAGCUUACUUGUUGGAAAGGUUCCAGAAAUAUGGGCAAAGCGGUCAUACCCAAGUCUGAAGCCCCUAGGAAGUUACAUCACGGAUUUCCUAGCCCGACUAAAAUUUUUACAGGUCUGGCAUGAUUCAGGAAAACCUUGUGUGUUCUGGUUGUCGGGUUUCUUUUUCACCCAAGCUUUUUUAACGGGAGCCAUGCAGAAUUACGCCCGAAAAUACACAAUCCCGAUUGAUUUACUCGGAUUUGAAUUUGAGGUUAUUCCUGUGGAUGAAUCUGACACAGCGCCAGAAGAUGGCGUCUACAUCCACGGAUUGUAUCUGGAUGGGGCACGCUGGGACAGAGAAAGUGGAUUGCUUGCUGAACAAUAUCCCAAACUUCUGUUUGACCUGAUGCCCAUCAUAUGGAUAAAACCAACUCGAAAGUCUGAAAUUGUGAAGUCAAACGCCUAUGUCUGUCCCCUCUACAAAACAAGUGAACGGAAAGGAACUCUUUCCACGACAGGACAUUCCACUAACUUUGUCAUUGCAAUGUCAUUAGAAACAGACCAGCCUAUCCAUCACUGGAUCAAGCGUGGGGUUGCUUUGCUUUGCCAGUUGGACGAUUAACUGGGACACGUUUAGAAAACAUUUGUGAGAGUAAAGGAAACCACUGUCUUCACUCGUUUUAAAUACAUGUUUUAUAAAAUCAA